AUGCCGGCGGGUGCCGGGCGCGGGGCCGACGCGUUCCGUUGCCAGGCAACGGGCGGGCGUGGGGAAGACGCGCGGCCGCUGAGCGCGCGGGCAGAGGCGGCGGAGCUGCAGAGGUGGGUGCCGGCCGGGGCUGCGGGCCGGGACCUCGUGGGGAACCCGGCCCCGGGCUGCCCUCGGCCCGCGCCGACUCCGCUCUCGGGAGCCUGUGUUCUCCGGACACGCCGCUGCGCUGGACCGGCCGCCCCGGCGCAUCGACCCUGGCCACACAGCAGGCCGUCCGUGCUGCUGAGGAGGACCCGGCGGCCCUCCGACCCCGGGCCGCCCCGGCGCGGCAGUGUGCGUGUCUCCCCGCGCCGUCUAUGCGGGCCCGGCGGCGCCGACAUGCAGGGCCAGCAGCCGCCUCUCAGCGGGUCCCCGCGAGCGGGCGCCGGGGGACAGGGCGCAGUCUCCCCCUGCCCGACCCCUGGAGACAGCGGGGCCAGCCGGGCGCCCGGGAGGCGGGGCCGUGCGGGGGCGCCGUGCGUGAGGACCCCGUCCAGGACCUUGGGAGGCGGCCACGGCGUUUCCUGCGUCUCCGCGCGCACCGCCCGCGCUCCGGACCCGGGGGAGCACAGCAGCGCGUGGGGGGAGUUCGAAGGCUUUCAGGAAUCUUCAGCCGAGUCUCAACACUCCUCGCAACCCUUUGAGCUCCUGCACAGCCGCGCAGACCGCGGGCCGCAGAGCGCGGCUUCCGCCCCGACCGAGAGAGGCUCUGAGCAGCCGCGGCGGGGCGGGCCCCGGGCGGCCUCUGAGCCCAUUCUCAGCUAUGAGGAUGUUUUCAGGUUUGCUUUUCAGGAAGUACCAGUCCAGCAGGCAGCUGAAGGGGUCUCCCCCUUGGACCGCAUCUUAGAAAUGAGCGAUGAGGGAAAACCUGGCUGUGAACCCGUGCACAGACUGUGUUCUGAGCCCCGGAGACUCUGGAGAGCUCUUCAGACCACACAGAGCACAUCGGCUUCUCGAUGGCUCUGGAGCGAGUCGCGAUGCCAGGAAAACUUCUUGCUUGUUCUUGGAAUGGAUGCUGCCCGGAAGAACCUUUCCGGAGACCUGGGUCACAUUCUGGAAUGUUCCGACCUCCAAGAGCCUGAAGAACUGGGUGUACGCACCAUCUGUGCUCAGCCCUGCAGGGCCCUGAUCCAGACCCAGCCCUCGGGGACGUGUGGCGGCAGACAGGGGAGCCUGAGCGCCUGGGGCCUCUCUCUGAAGACCCCCUCACACAGGAGCGGGCAGUGCCUCACAGUCCCACGGAAAAAGAGGAUUUUCAGUCCACGUAACCUAAAAAUGACCUUGUUUAAUAGUAAUGUUUGCUAAGAUGAGAGUCCUUGGUAUUUUUAUGAGAAAUUUUACAUUUUCUUACUGGCUGGAUUUGCUCCUGGAAACCAGCACUGUUUUGUGGGGGUGUUUCUCAAACCUCAAGUCAGGUUCCUGGGAUCCUCAUGCAAACCAGGCUGGGGUCUGACUGCUUUGGGAGUGGGUCCUUCUGCAGAGCCAUCCCCAGCAGCAAGGGGGCGCCCCGCUCCCAGGAGCUCCGCCCCAGCCCCCUCAGACGAACCCAGUUGGCAUCCAGGUGACAUCGGGGGCCCUCUGCCCCGUGAGGGACCCCAGGUCUGGCCACCGGUGGGGGUGCACCGGCGUGGCCUGGCUCUCCGUGGGGGAUGUCACCAGGAGGCCGCCGUUCCCGCGCCCAGGAAGCGCGCUCUGGGCCAGGGCACACGCGGAGGGAGCGCCAAGCCAGGGUCUCCCCCAGAGCCCCGCAAAUGCUCACCUGCACCACUGCUGUGGGGGGGGGGGCUCUCCGUGUCCCGCCCUCCUC